AGGUUAGACGUUAACGGAAACGAGACGUCGUGAUCGAGGAUUUCGUGUAUUUUCAGGGCACAGAUAACUUAAGAAGCUCUUACUAUUCAUUUUUUUAAGUAUUUCGAAGUUUGAGAGGCCAAAGGCAACGUGUUGAUCAUCAUGGAGCAGCCGUCCAUCAACAAAAUUCACCGUAAUUUACAAGAUGUCUCAUUGCCAUCGACUAUUGAAGAUCUCAAAAAUCCAACGGAGGAUUACAUAGUGAAUUUAUUAACCACAUUCUUAUUACAGUUCUGUAUCAAUAUGAAUUUGAUUGAUCAGCCACUUCCAGAACAACUUGACGCUAUGGCAUAUUACGAAGAUUCUGAUGUAAUAAAUCUUAUAAAUUUACACGCAGUUGUGGCACGGAUAUUUGAUAAGAUAUUUAUACAUGAUUUUUGUCUCACCGACAUUACUAGUCCAGGACAAAAGCGAUUUAGAAAGCAGGCACAAUAUCUGUCUAACUUUGUAUUGUAUACACUGCAUACAAAGUCUAAAUUUAAUGAAAAAAUGGAUGAAAUACAGACUAUGUCUAAACUGCUAAAAGAACUGAAAGAAAGAAAGGCUCAAGUUUCAGAAGCUAUUAAUAAUAAGCUUAUGCACAAAGCGAAGCAGUUAUCCAUGAUAGAAAAACUAGAAGCUGAGAUACGACAUGUACAGUCAAGAACCGGACAAUUUAAUAAGAAGGGACUGGAACUCGAAGUAAUGAAAAAUGAUAUAGAAAAGGAAAAUCAAAAAGCCAAAGAACUUUAUGGCUCCGUGAAGACAACAGCAAAGAAACUGUCCAAGAUGAUAACUGAAAUACAGUCAGAAGUUGUAAAUUCGCCAGAGGAAUAUCGAUCCCGUUUAAAUGAGAUUGAAAACCAACACAAGUUAAAAGUAAAAGAACGUAGUGAAGUGCAGAAUGCUAUUCAGGACAAGAAACAGUUAAUAAAACAAGUCGGAGAGAAAUUAAACUUUGUCAAAAAAAUGACUGGCGAUUUUUGUAUAUUGGCAGAUAUAUAUAAAGAGCAACAGAGCAAGAAAGCGAAGUUAGAUGAGGUUAAAAAAGAAACUGAUUUAUUCAACAAUAUAUGGAUAGAAUCAAAAACUAAAUUAGCAAAGCACAAAGAUCAAGUGGACACUGAAAAGAACAACUUACAAACAUACCGUGAAGAAGACAUGCGUCCAUUGUGCGAUCUGUAUACCCAAUUAUUAAGUGAAAGAAAGAUACGGAAAACUAAAUUAGAUAAAGAUCAAGAUUGUUUCAAUGAAAAAUGCUUGAAAAGAAACAAAUUACAAGCAGAUGUUAAGAAGAUAGAGGAAGAAACUGUAAUUUUUAUCAACAGUUGCCAAGAGACUUAUAAUAAUGAAAUUGCUAAUGAGCUUGAAUUACGGAAAGUUUGGAAAGAAGAAUAAUCAUAAAAUCUAAAAAUUUCUGUUUUCUCUUACUUUUUAAUAAGAUGUAGAAUACUAUAAAAAAAAUUUUUUUCCAUGAAUAGUUUAUGUAUAUCAAAGAUAAUAUUCUAUGUAUAUUUUUUAUCGAAAAUUUGUAAUUUAUUGUUCAAAUAUAAGUACUCUUUUACAUAACAACAAA